AGCUCCGGAGAGCAAAGAGUCAUGUGAACUGUGUUGUGGAACACCCAACGUUUGCACUACUCGAGAAAGAACACAGCGCCUCUUGCCCUCAACAAAUCUCUUCUGCUUCUAGCAAAUCCUCCCAAGGCUUUUCGGAUUCCUCCGUUGCCCCGCAAGGAUGGAUCCUAGUGGCUGCAAAAGACAGAAACAUGAAAUUGAGCAUGAUAGCUCACCAGGCAACCAGUCUCAGGCAACCAUCAUCAGUCAUAACAGUUCUGUCCGCCUUCGAUUUCUCGAGCAGUUUGACGACUUGAAGUAUGCAAGUGCCACUAAAGAUUACAAGGCAGUCAAUGCCAAGAUGCAUGAACUUCUCAGCACCCUUGAAAAGCUCAAAGAAGUACCUAUCAAGUUGCCCUAUGUCAGUCCAGUGCUCAAGACAUCAGAUGCAAGAUUACAUAGCGCUACCCAAAGUGGGAGCAAUUUUAGUUCUGAUAAUAUUAUUGACUUGGAUCCGGACAAUGUUGGAGAUCAUACCCAUCCUAACAUGGAAAAUACUGGGGCUCACAAUACAACCUAUUUAGUUGAUUCCGGUGACGGGGACAUGAUUAAAUCAAUCAGAGAUGGAAAUUCAUCUGGUUGUAUGCAAAAUGUCAAUUUUACCCAAGAAUGCUCAUUGGCUGAGCAGCCUGGCCAAUACCAGGACAUCAUCAUGUUGGGUAAUGAAAACAUAAAUUCUGAAGAUCAAGCUGUAGCUAAGCAAGGAAAUGACAUCAUGGACAUUGACAAUGAGCUGUGUUUCAAGCUCAAGGAAAGUGCUUUAUUUGAUGGCCAUAGUUCUUCAGAGUCACCAGAACUGAUCAAGCAAGGACAUGGCGACAUAAGUAUUUACAAUGAGAACCAUGACGAGCAGAAAGGAAAAAGGGAAGGGGAGGGUGAAGAUGUCCAAAGUGCAGGAAGCAUAGAGAACAACAGUGUACCUGUUGUAGAUUCUUAUGAUAUAUCUUGUGAGGUCAUACAAAGUGAGUCAACAGAAAAUGGAAAUUAUGAUCGCUAUGAUAACAAUGACAGCCCAGUUGAUGAGCUAGAAUACCUUUGGAGGGACAUGUCGCUUGCAUUGGCAUGUUCGAAGUCUCGCCAACUUAGCUUACCUGAACAGACCAUUGGAAGUGAUCACAGUAUUGUUCCGUCGGAGAAUACUUGUGGAGAAGUUGUGGAUGAUUGUCAUCAUGACUUCCUGAUGAGAGAUGAUUUGGGACUUGUUUGCCGUGUUUGUGGUCUGAUCAAGAAACCCAUUGAUACUAUUAUUGAGUGCCAGUGGAAAAAGCCCAAGCAAUCAUACAGGACAUACCCGUCAGGACACAGAAACUCUAAUGAUCUGGAUACACCUAUUAAUCUUUCAAGAAACAUUCUUCAAAUGUUACCUGAUCCUCUUUCGAUCCACCCUCAGCAUUUACAACAGAUGAAACCUCACCAACUUGAAGGUUUUAAUUUCUUGGUCAAGAACUUGGCAGAUGAGAAAAACCCUGGGGGCUGUAUUCUAGCACAUGCACCAGGUUCUGGAAAGACCUUUAUGCUAAUUAGCUUUGUCCAGAGCUACCUGACCAAAUACCCUGAAGGACGGCCAUUGAUUGUCCUUCCAGUGGGCAUUUUGGCAACAUGGAGAACAGAAUUUCUCCGUUGGCAGAUUGAGGACAUUCCCUUGUAUGACUUCUACUCCUCCAAAGCUAAUAACCGGUCUGAUCAAUUAAAAGUUUUGAACUUGUGGGAAGAAAAUAGAAGCAUAAUGUUGCUUGGGUAUGAGCAUUUUGCACGCAUAGUUUCUGAGCACACUUGUGAUACUGAAACCGUCAAGUGUCGAAAGAAACUGUUGAAGGUCCCAAGCCUUGUCAUUCUAGAUGAAGGCCACACUGCCAGAAAUAAGGAAACUGACUUGCUCACUUCACUUGCAACAAUAGAAACUCCUAGAAAAGUGGUGCUCUCAGGAACCUUGUUUCAGAAUCAUGUAAGUGAGGUUUUCAACAUUUUGAACCUUGUCCGGCCAAAUUUCUUGAAGAUGGAGAGAUCCCGUGCGAUAGUGAAGCGCAUAUUAAGCAAGGUUGAUAUGUUUGGGAAGAGUGCAUGGUCAAAGAACACUUCAGAUAAGUGCUUCUAUGAUAUGGUUGAAGAAAACCUUCAAAAGGAUGCAAAUGAUAAAAUCAGAGAGAUGAUCAUUGAGAAUCUACGUGAGCUAACUGCAAAUGUGCUCCACUAUUAUCAAGGCGAGCUUUCAGAGGAGCUACCUGGGCUUGUGGACUUCACAGUUUUUCUUAAUAUGACUACCAAGCAGGAAGAGAGCAUUAAGAGUUUUGUGGGACAAAAUAAAUUUAGUAAACGUUCAAACUGCAAUGCUGUUUCUCUUCAUCCAUGCUUAAAGGAUAUCAAGAACAUAUGUGAGAAAAAUGAAAAUACCACAUAUCAGAAGAUCUUUUUGAGGAAUCAUGAGAAAAUUAGCUCCGUGAUGAGUGGAAUUGAUAUAAACGAUGGGGCGAAACUAAAGUUUAUACACAAUCUCUUGUCUCUUUCAGAAUCUGCUGGAGAGAAGGUACUUGUGUUCAGCCAGUAUGUCUGUUCUCUACUUUUCUUGGAAAUGCUGUUCACAAGAAUGAAAGGAUGGAAACCAGACAUGCACAUGUUCAUGAUACAUGGCGGAUCAGUUCAGAGAGACAAGACCAUCGAGAGAUUCAACCACUCACCAGAUGCUAAAGUUCUCUUUGGUUCCAUCAAGGCUUGCAGCGAGGGCAUCUCGCUCGUUGGUGCAUCACGUGUUGUCAUUCUGGAUGUCCAUGAAAAUCCUUCUGUGAUGCGCCAGGCGAUUGGACGUGCAUUCAGACCAGGACAGACUAAAAUGGUGUACUGCUACCGUCUCGUUGCCGCUGACUCCCCUGAAGAGGAUGAUCACAAGACAGCCUUUCGAAAAGAACGGGUGGCCAAGCUGUGGUUUGAAUGGAACGAGGUUUGUGUAAAUGAUGAUUUUGAGCUUACUGAUGUUGAUGUUUCAGAGAGCGAGGAUAUUUUUCUGGAAAGCCCUGCAAUGCGACAAGAUAUCAAAUCCCUAUACAAAAGGUGAAUACCAGUGGCGAGCGCUAACCAAUGAGCAUGCAGUACAAUUGGUAUAGGUGGUUCAAGUGAGAAAGAACCCAGGAAAGGAGCUGAAGCAAACUUCCUGUGCUUGUUUGCAGUAUUUUGCUUAUCAUUUGAAGUGUUUUAGUAGUACAAGCACUUGCACUCUAAGCUUUGGUUGACAUCUUGUGUCUUCAUUAAACAUGACGAUAAAUUUCUGGACAUCAGUGUACGAGCAGUCAAGUAUGUGGUACUGCAAAAUGACUAUUCACGAUUUCGUUCGGUUUCGAUCUUGUGCCGUUCGUGUGGAACCAAUUGUGUGAUGUACGUUCUCUGUCAGAUGAACAAGGCAACCUAUUCUGAACUAUCUAAGAGCUGUUAGUAC